UGAUCGGAAGUGACUUAAAUUAAACUAAUUGAUGAAUAUAGAAAACAAUCCAUUCUUCGGGAUCCUCAGCAUAAGGAUCAUGACUGGAAACACAUGAAAGCAGAUGCUUGGCGAGAAAUAUCUGCGGAGAUGGAUGUAUCUGUGGACCAGUGCAGAAAAAAAAUACCUUUGCUGUCUUCAUACCGACGGGAGAAGGGCAAAUUGAAAAACAGCAUGGGAUCAGGAAAAGGAAGAGACGACGUUUAUGUAAGCAGGUGGUUUGCUUAUGAUGCUUUCAAGUUUGUGGAGGACAGGGACGUAUCAAGAAAAGGACUUAACAACGGAGACGGAUGAGAUUAUUAGAACUGAAGAUGACAUCAAGUCAAUGCUCAUCAUUUCUAAAGGCAGCCAACAAGAGCCAACAGGGUCAACAUCUACUGCCAGACCUACCAAGCGUAAGCGAACUGAUGCUAGCGACUCAGUGG